AUGGGUAUUACUAAGAAAUUAUUUACAACAAUACCUUUAUCGCAAUUGAUGAAACGCGUUCCGCCCGAACAGAUGGAGCAAUUCGAAGAGUUUCGCAACAAAUGUACCGCUUAUCAAAGUGAAGUAGAUAAGUAUCCGGAUCAAUUGCCACGUAUAGAUUGGAAUUAUUAUCGCGCUAAUGUAUCGAAAAAUUUUGUUCAGUCGGUUGAACAAUUCGAGAUACAUUAUAAGGAACUUGACUUUUGUUUCGCUACUCGUUAUGAUAAUUUAGAUUUCAGCCAAUAUUAUACUGAUUGGGAAAAAGUUUCGGCCGAUAUUAAGCAAAGAAUUGAUGCUUUUCUUACACAAUCUAAUAAUAAGAUUGCGAUUUAUCAAGCCGAAAUAAGACGCUUAAGUGAGAUGACACCGUACGAGGACAUGACAAUGGAACAGUUUGUCGUAGAAAGGGAAGACAUUGCCGAUUUAAUACCAAGAAAUAAUUUACCUUUAUUUUGGCCGUUUACGGAGGAUGAACAGAAACCAGGUCCCGCUCUUCCCGGUGAUGUGCCUAGUGACGAAGAUCAACCUGAUGAAAAAGAAGGUCCGGAAAAACUGUGUCCAGAAAAGAAAAAUACGGCACAAGAAGAAGCAAUAAAGACCGAUAUGAUAAUGAAAGCGGCAUCAGAAAAAGAUCCGGUAAACAAGAUAGAAGCAGAAGUGGAUACGCCAAAGUCAUUAAUGAAAGGAAAAAAGGAAAAAGAAAAGAAGCACGUGCAGGAGGAGGAACAGCUACCCAAAAUGGAGACGCAACCAAAGGCUCCAACAAAAGCUGAAACGAAGCAAAUAACAGCAGGAAAUAGUCCAGAAGGUAAAGGAAAAUCAACAUCUGAAGUGCCACCAAGUGAGCCAACACCCAAAGAUCCCGCAAAAUGA